AGAGCCACUGGGGGUCACGUGAUAUCUCUUUUAUUUGUUUCCUCCUCGCGCAUCGGACCCUCGCGUGUUUCGCAGAGCGACCCUCGACCCGGAGGCGCAACGUUAACGGCUGACCGUCAGUGAAGCACCAUGGACGGCAGGAGCUACGGUUCAGGUUACUCCAGCUGGGGAGGCGGCAGCUCAGGAAGCAGAAGCUCCGGUGGCUUCGACCUCUACGGGGGGGGCUACAAAGACUCCGUGUCCGGCCUCGGGGGCUACGGGGGAGGAGGAGGAGGAGGCCACAUGAAGAGGGGUCUCUCCGGCGCGUCGCUGCUCUCGUCCACCGGCACAAACGCAGAUGCCGUCAUCGCCAAGAUUAACCAGCGGCUGGACAUGCUGACUCAGCUGGAGGGCGGGCUGAAGGGGACUCGGGGCGACCGGUAUGACCACUACGAGUCAUUCGACUCGCGGGCCUCCGCUCUCCCCUCCUCACGAGAUCUCUACAGAUCUGGCGGCGGUAGCUAUGGUUACGGCGGUGAUGGCCGCGAGGACAACAUGCUGCUGGGUCAGCGAGGAGGCUCUGGCUUCGGCGGGGGAAUUGGGCUGGGCGGGGGGGGGGGGGAGGAAGAAGGCUUCGACAAGCCCUUCCUCUUCCUACGGAGUCGGUUAGGUCCGACCAGAAUUAUGAGGGAGUCUUUCAACAGUGGCCCGGGUGGAGGCUCUGCAGGUGGAGGAUGCUCCGCCGAAGGCCGGCGGUCGCCCCGACGGGGUGUGAGUGCCGUGGGUCGAGGAGCUGGUGGUGGAGGGUUUGGAAGCCGCAGGUCCGAACCCCCUCCUCUAGGCGGAGGUGGGCAGGGGGGCGGCGUGCAGCGCGGCCGCCCCCCCGGAGGUGGUAGAGGAAAGCUCCCAUCCCUCCUGUCCAACCGCAUGUACCCUGAGAGCGGGGGCUUCCACCAGGGCUCCACUCGAGGGCCCCACGACUUCCCCGGGAGGCACUUUGGAGGGGGCCCGAGGGCCGGCCGCCAGCGGGGCCGCAAGAGACCCCUCAACAAACAGGUGAAGCCACAGCAGGAUGUCCAGAAGAAGAGGAAGCAGUCGCUCACGGAGGCUGACGAGCCGGAGUCCAAGAUGAACCGACCCGACGAGGCCGAAGCUCCUCAGGAGCCAGCAGAGGACAACGGGGACGACAGUGAACCAAAGACAGAGACGGAUCCUGCUGCAGACAAAGACUCGCCCAAACAGGAGCAGAAGACGAGUGUUCUGCCCCAAACACAGGACAAGCACCCCAAGAUGAGGAAGAGGCGGGGCUUCCUGGAGAGGGUGAUGUUCGCCUGCUCCGUCUGUAAGUUCCGCUCCUUCUACAAGGAGGAGAUGGAGACUCACCUGGACAGUCGCUUCCACAAGGACCACUUCAAGUUCCUGUGCGGCCAGCUGUCCAAGCCCACCACGGACUUCCUGCAGGAGUAUCUGCAGAACAAGUUCAAGAAGACGGACUACAGAGUCGGGCAGCUGGAGAACCACAGCGCUGCGAUCUGCCAGGUGUACAGGGAGCAGGACCUCACCAGAGAGCUCGGCAUGGAGCACUUCAUGAGGAAGGUGGAGGCUGCCCACUGCGCAGCCUGCGACCUCUUCAUCCCCAUGCAGCCCCACCUGAUCCAGAAACACAUCAAGUCUCCGGACCACAACUACAACCGGAAGGGGAUGAUGGAGCAGUCGAAGAGAGCCAGUCUGUCCGUGGCUCGCAGCAUCCUCAACCACAAGCUCAUCGGCAAGAAGCUGGAGAGCUACCUCAAGAGAGAGAACCCGUUCACCGGUAACCAUGACGACCAGGAUGCAGAGGACUCCAUGGUGAUGGACGUGUCUGAGCUGGAGUUGACCAGUGAGGCAGCAGACGAGCAGGCGGAGGAGCCGCUGGUUGAAGAGGUGUCGGCCCGAGAUGAUGAUGAUGACGAUGAUGAAGCAGCAGCAGAGAGGACGAUGACGGCAGUAGAGGAGGAGAAGAUGGAGGAGGGAGAGGGAGAGCAGAGGAACGAGGAGGAAGGCUUUGAGGUCGGAGAGGAGGACGAAGGAUACGUAGUGCACGAUGAGAUCGGUGAGGAAGGAUUACAGGAGGAGGAGGAGGAGGAAGAGGAGGAAGGAGUCGAGGUAGCAGAGGGAGAGGAGGAGGAGCAGCAGCAGGAGGAGGAGGAGCAGCAGCAGCAGCAGGAGGAGGAGGAGGAAAAGAAGGAUGAAUGACUUUAACAGCGCCAAUGUAAAUUCUGUCUGGACCAGGACCCCCAGUUGAUCACCAUCAACAAACAGUCCAGACAUCUGCUCUCUGAUCUCGCCUCCUUUUGUAUUUCUUCUUGAAGGACUUAGACCCACAUUUUAGUGAACUACUCCAUUUAUUGUUAAGCAUAAAGCGUGUAAAUAAAGUCCUCAAAUAGUCCGUGACAUCUUCACAUGGUAGUCAGGAGGAGCGUCAGCAGCUGCUCCUCUUCAGUCCCUCUGAGUUGUUGACGUGGUUUGUGGGAUCUGAACCAUGAGUUUGAGAAUCUACUGCAUUCACAGCAAGUCAAACCUAUACCUUUUUUUUUUUUUUUUUUUUUUUGUGCCUUUUUGUUAAGUAUUUUUAUUUGUCUUCGUAGAGCUGAGCGAUUUGUACCGUAGAAGCGUCUCAGAUGAGUGACGUCACCGUCUGUAGGAUGAGAAUGAAUCAUUGUUUCACUCUGAGAAAUAAACCUGUUCAGCAAAUCCGA